AUGGAGUCGGACGAUGCGCCGAGUGCAGCACAGUCCGCCGUAUUCCAGCGUUCGGAGCCGAUACCCGCUGGAGCAAAACAUGUUCAUGGGCCAGACUUUGACACGCAAGACCCAAAAGAUUUGUAUGCGCUGUUGGAAAAUAUGAAGACCAUUGGAUUUCAAGGGUCUUCGGUGCACGAAGCGAUUCGUAUUAUUGAGCGCAUGCGUACUUGGAAGCUGGAAGAGGAUCCUGCGUACGAAGCCGAGGAGGACGAAAACAGGUCCUUACCUGACGACCACCCUCAACACCCUAAAAAUGUGCGCUGCACCAUUUUCCUUGGGUAUACGUCCAAUCUCAUUUCGUCAGGCCUUCGCGAGGUGCUUCAUUUUCUUGUCAAGCACAAGUUUGUGUCUGCGAUUGUCACGACCGCCGGUGGCGUCGAAGAAGACUUUAUAAAAUGUCUUGGCAAGACGUACCUUGGCGCAUUCCAUCUCGACGGCGCUACACUUCGGGCGCAAGGUAUGAAUCGGAUCGGUAACUUGGUUGUGCCGAACGAUAACUACUGCAAAUUCGAGGAUUGGGUUAUGCCAAUCCUCGACACAAUGCGGGCGGAGCAAGACACUCGCACGGAAGAAGAUGGGCGUCCGUUUGUAUGGACACCGAGUCGCAUGAUUGCACGCCUUGGGCACGAAAUUAACGACGAGCGCAGUGUAUACUAUUGGGCAGCAAAAAACGAUAUUCCUGUCUUUUGUCCAGCGUUGACGGACGGCUCUUUGGGCGACAUGAUCUAUUUUCACUCUUACAAAAACCCGGGGUUGGUGGUCGAUAUAGUUGGUGAUAUCCGCCGUUUAAACGAUUUGAGUGUCAAAGCCAAGAAAGCGGGUAUCAUGAUCUUGGGCGGAGGCGUGUGCAAGCACCAAAUUGCAAACGCCAUGCUAUUUCGCAACGGUGCAGACUACGCGGUGUAUAUUAAUACGGGACAAGAGUUUGACGGAUCAGACAGCGGUGCUCGUCCGGACGAGGCCGUGAGUUGGGGCAAGAUUAAAAGCGCCGCAAAUGGCGGCGAUGUCGUAAAGCGGCUACAUGAUCUGCGCGUCUGUUCCUUGUGCUGCUUCAUGGGUGGCAAAGCGCGUGGCAAGACGCUUGUGCGCUCCUUGGCGCUGGUCGUCGCGCUGAUUGCGAUUGGCAUGGCUGCAUUGCAUAUGGCCAAUACCCUUGGGAUGUACCGCACCGUGAAGCGCUUGGGCAUUCCUGACAGCCAUAUAAUCCUUAUGCUCGCAGACGAUGUUGCAUGCAAUUCGCGAAACCCGAAUCCAGGCGCUGUAUGGCCCGAGGCGGACAAAUCGUUUGAUUUGUACGGCGACGACGUGGAAGUCGACUACCGCGGCUACGAAGUGACGGUGCAAAACUUUCUGCGUUUGCUCACAGGACGUGUCCCUUCGCACACACCACGCUCAAAGCGCCUAGAGUCCGACGUGCACUCUAACAUCUUUUUGUACAUGACAGGCCACGGCGGCGACGAGUUCCUCAAGUUUCAGGACUCGGAAGAGAUAAGCGCGUUUGAUUUGGCUGACGCGAUUGAGCAAAUGUGGGAGAAGCGGCGAUACCACGAGCUCUUCUUUAUGAUCGACACGUGCCAGGCCAGCACGAUGACGGAGAAAAUAUACAGCCCCAAUGUACUUGCCGUCGGCAGCAGCCUCAAAGGACAAAGUUCCUAUUCGUAUACUGUCGACCAUCAACUGGGUGUGCCACUGAUCGACCGGUACACGCGCGCUGUGCUCGAGUUUAUGGAGCACACGGAUCGGUCAAGCAACAAGACAAUGGACGAGCUUUUCAACAGCAUGAAUUUCGCUCGUGUGCAUUCGGACCAAUUCGUGCGCACGGAUCUGUAUGAAAAAGACUUAAAGGACGUGCAUGUGACAGACUUUUUUGGCUCCGUAGCGCAAGUCCUGCUCACUUAG